CUGUAAACACUCAGUGAAGAAUAGAUCUAGAAGAUUUAAUCUAGAUCUAGAUCUAGUACAUGUAAUUAUUAUAUUACAUGUUCCUGUUUUUGAAUCAUCGCUAUUCUUUCUAGUACAACAGAGUCAGAUUAUCGAUGUUGAUCAACCUUUGCAGUGAUUUCAUGUAAACUGUGGCUGCAUUUGUACGAGGCAUGAUGCCACGUAAAGAUAAAAGUAGAUCUGAACGAGGGCCUGCUCUGACUGAAGAUGUGUGCAUUGGCGAGGAUGUUAAAAUUGGCAUCCAUCUGGCUGUGGAGCGAUUCAGACUCGAUGCUACCAAAGAAGAACUGGCUUUCCCUACAUCUUUGUCGACAACUGAGAGAGCUUAUGUCCAUCGAUAUUGUGAAAAAUUAGGGGGUCUCAAGACCCGAAGUAGAGGGAAUGGCCAAAACCGGUACAUUACCGUUACCAAGCACAAUAAAGCUAAAGGCAAAUGGACUCCCGAUUUGCUCAGCUUUUCAAGGAAUGAACUUGGCUAUGUGACUCAACUGCUCCAACGAUUUCCUGUCAAUGACCGGGAAAGAGAUGACCUCACUCCUGUAGUCAAAAAAAGAGCAAGUACACAUGACGGUUCUAAAGACAAGUCGUCUCAAGGAAGGUUGGUCGGCUCCCCUGCCCAGGUUCCACCCAAGCGAUCAGCAUCAGACCUCAACAAAUUCAGACAGUCACUUCCUGUAUUCAAGAUGGGACCAAAUAUCAUAGAAACUAUAAAUUCAAACAAAGUGUGUUUGAUAGCAGGUGAAACUGGAUCUGGAAAGACCACCCAGGUCCCUCAACUGAUCCUUGAUGAUUGUCAUGAGAAGAAGCGACCAUGUCGUAUACUCUGCACUCAGCCGAGGAGGAUUGCAGCUGUGACCAUUGCAGAACGUGUGGCUGCCGAGAGAGGGGAGAAGAUUGGUGGAACAGUAGGCUACCAGAUCAGAUUGGAGAGCAAGGUUUCUUCAAAGACGGUCCUCACGUUUUGCACUGCUGGAGUAGUGCUGAGGAAUUUGGUUGGCACUGAGUCGAACCUGGGCACUGUUACUCAUGUCGUUGUGGAUGAAGUUCAUGAGAGAGACAAGUUUGUGGAUUUUCUGCUCCUAUGUCUGAGAGAGGUUCUUGAAAAGCACCCAAAUCUUCGUCUCAUUUUGAUGAGUGCCACACUGAAUAUGGAACUUUUUUCCGAGUAUUUUGACAACUGCCCAAUCAUUUGUGUUCCUGGAAGUCUUCAUGAUGUAGAGGAGUACUUUCUCGAGGACAUCUUGAAAUGGACCAAUUACAAAUCACGUGAAAUGAAUAAAGCGUUGGAGAAAAGCAAAUCAGCCAAAAAAACAGAGGAUCUUCUGUCUGAGUGGUUUUCUGUAAAAGAUGCCACAUCUGGUGAGACACUGGACAGUGAUUUUGAAGACGACUCAGAUGUCACAACAUCAGAUAAUGUGGAAGAGCUAGGGGAAGAGAAAGAAAAUUUGGAUCCUGCUGUAAAAAAAGAAAUGGAUGACCUUCUUCAAGAGGUCUGGCUCUCUGGCAACAAGGAACUGUUCCACAAAAUAUUGCUUCUAAUUUCCAGUGAACACAUCAGCGUGGAUUAUGAGCAGUCAGAAUCGGGCGUGACAGCUCUGAUGAUUGCGGCUGGCCGAGGCUUUGUGGACAUAGUGGAGCAUCUGCUCGACCUUGGGGCCAACUUCAACGUCAAGACAAACCACGAGUGGACGGCCAUUGACUUUGCCAAGCAGUUUGAACAGCAGGAGAUUGUGGAGCUUCUGCAAGCUUAUGCACUCGCUUCAGAAUCCAGAUUAGCCAGUGCCAAAGAUGAGGACAUGGAACUGAUAUCAGCUGAAGACAGAGAACUUCUCAGUGCUUAUCAACACAGCUUUGAUGAUGAGAAAGUGGAUACUGAUUUAAUCACUGAACUCAUUUUAAAACUCCACUUCGACUGUAAAGAAGGUGCCAUCUUGGUAUUUCUUCCCGGGUAUGAAGACAUCAUGACAGUACAUGGAAAGAUAAUACAUGACGAAAGGUUUGCAAGUAAAAAAAACACCUUUCUCCUCUUCACUCUCCACUCGUCCAUCCAAGCUUCAGAACAGAAAAAGGUCUUCAGAGCAACCUCAAAAGGAGUGCGAAAAAUUAUUUUGUCUACAAAUAUUGCAGAGACAUCAGUAACUAUCAAUGAUGUGGUAUAUGUCAUUGAUAGUGGCAAAGUCAAAGAGAAAACGUUUGAUGCCCUGAGUAACUUUUCAACAUUGAAUUCUAACUGGAUAUCAAAAGCAAGUGCUCUGCAGAGGAAAGGAAGAGCUGGAAGAUGUCAAGCAGGAAAAUGCUAUCACCUGUUCAGUCGAGGACGCUAUGUGCACUUGCAAGAUUAUCCCACACCUGAAAUUUUAAGGCUUCCAUUACAGGAAGUAUGCUUGCACACAAAGCUGUUGGCGCCCAAUACAGAAACUAUCACAGGGUUUUUGUCCAAGUGUCCCCAGGCUCCCCCUCCACUGGUUAUUAUCAAUGCUGUGCAGUUGUUGAAGGAGAUUGAUGCCUUGGACCCAUGGGAAGAGCUGACAGAGCUGGGGCAGCACCUUGUGGACCUGCCAGUGGAGCCAAAGCUGGGCAAAAUGGUUCUGUAUGCUGUUGUGCUCAAGUGUUUGGACCCAGUGCUCACCAUUGUGUGCACCAUGGCGCACCGGGAGCCGUUUAUUUUACCCACACAACCAUACAUGAGAAGAAAUGUCCUUGGCAUUCGCAGAAAAUUGGCGGAGCAGACCUACAGUGAUCAUUUUGUUUUCUUACGAGCUUUUCAGCUGUGGCAGAAGGCUCGCCUAGAUGGACGAGAAUAUGAGUUCUGUGAUAAGUAUAGUGUCUCAUCUGCUACUAUGCAUAUGCUGGUGGGAAUGAGAAUGCAAAUUUUGCAUCAGUUAAAGCUUUCAGGUUUUUUGAGAACUCAAGGAGCACUUGGCGGCGUCCGAGAUCUCAAUGCAAAUGCUGACAAUUGGGCUGUUGUGAAAGCUUGUCUUGUGGCGGGAACGUACCCAAACAUCAUUCAGAAAGCCACUCCUACUUCUCUCAACACAAGAAAGGACAGCCAUGUACGAUUUCAGAACACCUCUGUCAUUGGUCCAGUAUUGCGAGCCAAUCAUGGGUCCUACAAGAGGCUGUUACUGAAGACAAUCAAGGACAUGCCAUCGCGUUGGGUCAUUUAUGACGAGAUGAGUCGGGCGGGCCGAUUCAGUCAGGCUCGAGGCUGCACCCUUGUGUCUGCUCUCUCGGUGUUCCUCUUUGGGGGACCAAGCAAAGUGCCAAAGAAUGCUAUGAAGGAUAAAGUUGACCCUGAGUCUGAUGGUGAUGAGCCCAAGACAGCUGAUGACCUCGGUGGGAUCAUGAAAGUUUUCCGUCCUGACGACUGGCUCACCUUCCACUGCAGCUCAAUGGAUGGUGCAGCUGGUUUGGAACUGAGAAUGAAGCUACAUAGUCUGUUCCUCACAAGGAUCAAAUACCCUCAUCGCCCUUGGACACAAGCGGACGAGGCUACUCUGCAAACAGUUACCAGUUUGCUGACUAAUGCUGAUGCUGUUAUUGGAUUGACCAAUCCAAUAGGCGUUGGACAAAGGCCAAAGCAAAUGGUGCUGGAGUCUGUGGUGGGCCAUGGCGUGGAGGAGUACUACGGCAGCCAGUACCACCACCACCAACAGCAGCGUCUCGCCCCACACCAUGGAUACAACACAGGUCACUCGAGAGGGGGAGGAGAUGAAGUUUCUGACCAGACUAGGGACAGCUGCUUUUUCAUCAUGAAAGCAGCCAAUCACAAGCUUUUAGAGAUUUCUCAGACCAAGAACUUCUGGGCAACAUCCACAGGUCAUGAGGGAAAAUUGUCAAAGGCUUACAUGAGUGGAAGGGUGGUGUACCUCAUUUUUUCUGUGCAAGGCAGUGGACAUUUUCAAGGAUUUGCCAAAAUGACCUCCUCAAUAGCCAGGACAAAAUCUCCAGAUUUCCCUAGCCCAGGGUUGUCUGCCAUAUUCAGUGUAGAAUGGCUGAAAAGCGCCCACCUGCCAUUUCAGCUGUGUCAUCACCUCCUCAACCCUUGGAACGAGAACAAAAAGGUCCAGGAGAGCAGGGAUGGGCAGGAGCUGGAAGCACAUGUUGGGUCUCAGUUGUUGAAACUGUGGGACAAAUUCCACCAUCAGCUGAAGCCUUUCAAGUUAGGGCAGUCGCACAGGCAGAGGUCCUUGGAUACUCCACCACCCACACAGCAGCAACAGCAGAAAGGUCAUCGAGGGCAGACCUCUCAGCGACAGGCUCAGGUGAAGCUGCAGCAGCGAGGGAAAGACAGACAGGGAGAGGCGGGCAGCACCCCAUCCGAGGGCAACAGUGGUGGGGAAGACGCCAGUAGUGUUGGGAGCAAGAAGAAAAUGGACAGAAAAGAUUCGGAUUGCUCCAGUCCAGCGCCGUCCACAAAUUCUAACGAGGGGUCCAACAGCAGCCGUGACAGUCCCGCGCACCUCAGUCAUCGGCUCCGCCAGCUCAGCACGGAAUCUUCCCAGUCCGAGAGCAGCUCCCAGGGGUUACUUGGAGAGCCGCCGAGUGGUUUAAUGCCCUUCCCAGGAGUCUCUCUGUCAGCCCAGCAGAAUGCAAACACCGGAGCCACGGCGGCGUCUUACUCUCUGUUUCUGCAACAACAGCAGCAGCAGCAACAGCAGCAGGCAUUUGCUCUGGCCCAGCAGGGGUAUGUGGGUGCUCGCCUGAACCCAUUCUUGGUCCCCCAGGGAGGCAUGAUGGGUCAGGGGAUCAUGAUGAAUCCCCAGGCGGCUCUACAGCGGGUCAUGAUGCUCCCCCGAGGUCACCCACAGGCCGGCAUGCAGCAACAACAGCCUCCUCAUUACUCGGACGGGGGACAUCACCAGCCACAGCAGUGAUCUGAGAUCAGGAAUGAAGUUCAUGAUUCUACUCGUACCCAAAGUUCUCUUCUAUUUUGUAAUUUACUACUGAGAUUCCUGAAGGGCUCUUUAAUUCUGUAAUUCAUUUUGUGGGUUUAACUAUGGAUGUUGUUAACCUUGUUAUAAUGACUGAUUUUGAGGUGGAUUUUUUUUGUGUUAUAAUUUUCUGUUUUAUCAGACUCGAGGGAGGACAUGAUGCAUGAGAAUAUUUUUACAUAAAUUGUCUAGGUUCAUUCAACUUAUUUAUGCUUGAAAUGUACAACUGGCUGUUCUGAUAAUAUUUUUGGCCAGUAUUUUUCACAUCUCAUUCGAAUUUUGUACUUCUUUAGUUGCACAACUGUCUCAUUCGAAAAAGGAAAAAAAACUAUUUCAAAAGAGCAGUAAGAAAAAUGUGGCCUGAUUGGUUUGUGGUAUGAAUAAGAAACAGAUUUAGGUUCAGUUACAGAAACUCGUUUAGUAACUGUGGAGGUACCAAAACAACAACUGCACUCAUGGCUCAUGGAAAGUUUUGUCCUGAUUUCAUUUGCUAUUUUCUCUUAGCUCAGGUCCAGUGCCCCCCAGUAGAAGUGAGGGUGUUUCUGUGACUUUGAUGCUCCUAUUUCUCCCCACCUGUCUGGCUAGACUAUCAGCCUGUUUGUUCUGUGUACAGCGUGUGGGAUGAGUCAUGUUGAUUUGUCCACCCUUAUUAAAGAGCAUCUUUUUUCUCAAGUCGGAUUAACAUGCAAGGGUUGACAGCUAUUGUCAUGAAUGAAAAAUGAAAGCCUUGUUGUGACUGACAUGGGAAUUUCUUGAAGUUGUAUUAAUUAUUUAAAUUAAAGAGUUCUAAAGAUGUGACCUGUAUGGGAUCGCUUACCAUGCCGUUGUUCUGGAAUAAGGAAUGCAGAUAUAUGCAUAUGUUUGUAGUAACAUUUAAUAUUUAAGCUGUCUGUGUGCACACCUAUUUUUAUAAUAUUAAAAAUUAUAUAAGAUAUUGUACAUUUGCAUCAGUGCUAUUUCACAUUCAUCGGUUGACUUAAGUUGAAGGAUGACUACAUUUGGUUUUUUGUACUACCUUUGCUAUGUAUGUCAUACUUUGGACAGUUGCCAUUAUUCACACACUACAUUGGAGGCUAUUGUGGCUCUUCAGCUAUUACAUGUAGUUCUGGACAUGGUGAGGUAAUUUGUGCUCUAUACUUACUUUGUAUGACUGAGGAGAUUAUUUGUCCUGGUGUGUACAGAUUGAUGCCACACUCCUUGUGAUAUGAUGAACGUCUCAGUCUGCCCGGGAAGGAUGUCAUAAAUUGCUAGUCAUUAUUCAUUAAGAUGUCGAGAAUAUUCUAGUUCUUUGAAAGAAUGACGUCUCUUCUAUUACACUUGAAUUACGACCAUGCACAUUGAGUUAUUGUACUGUAGAUGUCUUUCAUGAUCCAUGUUUUAAGAUAUAAGCUACAAACUGUGAUUCAUGACUUUUCACCAUUUUGUGGACACUGCCAUCUCUCUUAGUGCAAAUGAGCUUACAUUAAAUGGUACACAUGUGCUCCUGUUCAAUAUUUGUUUUAUCAUUUUGAACUGAAAAUACUUUUGGAUUAACAUACAGAUCUGGUAUAUUGACAAAAUUUGCUAGUUGGCAAAUUUUUAUUUUGGUACCAAGUUUGUCAAGCAGUCUAAGAAAGCCUAAUGUAAGGUAGACUGUGAAUGCCUUGUGUCUCACAGUUGCCAGUAUGUAACUGUUGGUAGUAGUGAAAUGGUUUGAUCUAUUUUGAUCGUUUGUACUCAUUGUAGUUCCCAGAUUACUGACAAUCUUUGCAAUACCCUCUAUUGCUUUAACGUAUGCUUGACAAGCAUGCCAGUACUUUAAACUUUUAUAGUCG